GCGCAUUACGCACACUCCCAGCAGCCCCAGCUCCAGAAGGGACUCCCACGCUGCUGCUGCCUCUUCUCCGAACUUCUUCGCCUUCUGCUACAACUUUUUACAACUUGUCACAUCUCUGCAGAGCUCCGGAGUGACUGCAAAGCUUCAUGAAAGUUUGCUGGACUUGGAACUUGAAAGCCUGAAGUGGCGCUUUGUUGGAGCUUUUCGCCUCUAAAGUUAUUGUGGAUUACUGACACGCUUCAGGACUUUUGGCAACAUUUUACCGGGGCUGCCACCGUGUCUUCUGCAGAGGACUGAGCCGAGAUGGGGAGCAAAGCUUUGCAUGCCCCGAUCCCCCUGCACCCGGCCCUCCAGCUGACGAACUACUCCUUCCUGCAGGCCGUUAACACUUUCCCCGCUGACCAGCUGCAGCUGUACGGCCUCAGCGCGGUGCAGACCAUGCACAUGAACCACUGGACUGUGGGCUACCCGCACAUCCAAGGACUAAGAUCGACGAUCACGGAGAUGGCAGCCGCCCAGGGUCUAGUAGACCCCAGAAUCCCCUUCCCAGCGUUACCCUUUACGGCCGCGGCGCAGCUCUUCCACCAGAAACAAGCCGGCGUUGCGCACGGCGUCCCCUCGUUACACAAGGACAGGCCGAGGUUUGACUUCGCCAACCUGGCCCUCGCUGCUACCCAGGAGGACCCUCCGAAAGCUGCGGAAUUGACUAAGCUGGCAUCAGGACUAGGGGGAGCCAUCUCCGAGCUGAGCAAGCUGUCUCCGGACAGAAAACCCACCCGGGGGAGGCUCCCGUCCAAAACCAAAAAGGAAUUUAUUUGUAAGUUCUGCGGCAGGCAUUUUACCAAAUCCUACAACCUCCUGAUCCACGAGCGGACCCACACAGACGAGAGGCCCUACACCUGCGAUAUUUGUCACAAGGCUUUCAGACGACAGGACCACCUCAGAGACCACAGAUACAUCCAUUCCAAGGAGAAACCCUUCAAAUGUCAAGAAUGUGGAAAGGGAUUCUGUCAGUCUCGAACUCUAGCUGUCCAUAAAACUUUACACAUGCAGGAGUCUCCCCACAAAUGCCCCACAUGCGGAAGAACCUUUAAUCAAAGAAGUAACCUGAAAACUCACCUUCUCACCCAUACAGACAUCAAGCCCUACAGCUGUGGCCGCUGCGGAAAGGUGUUUCGGCGCAACUGUGACUUGCGACGGCACAGUUUGACGCACAGCCCACAACAGGACUUCUAAAGCUGGACACACACAAAAACAAACAAUGGGUCAAAAAACGCGGGAAGAUAAUUCAGUUGUUCAAAGACAGUCCAAAAAACCCGGGACAGCUUUCACUGCGGGACUUUCUACUGUGGAUUUGUUUGCACCUCACGUGGGGAGAGCAGCGGAGCUCCAGGCGCGUGCAGCUUUCACAGCACCAUGAAUAUCAGCCCCAUGUACAAACUGUGUUUUUAUCCUGACAUGAUAACGUUGUCUCAGAAAAAUCAUGACUUUAAAUGUGUUUAAAUGUAUUUUAAGAAUAAAUAUUUACAUGACA